AUUCUUUUGCGGAAGUAGGAAAACGUCACCAGUAUUUAGUUAUUGUAGCUAACCGUUCUGUAAAAAGUUAUUUGGCUGUAACCUGUUGAGCAUGUUUAAUAAACUGGAAAGUUGGCUUGGUAUACAAGACCAAAAUGUACAAGACAGUCAAGAAAGAGAGACUUCUAAUGAUGAUAAUGGCGACAAAACUGAGGUAAACAACCCAUCAGACAAUCAACAGACUAGUGGUGAUCAAGUCCAACUUUUACCAGAGGCCAAAAGUUUUAGCGGUUACAUUUAUAAUUUUGCCAGCAGUGCCUCCAAGAAAUUAUCAAAGUCUGUUGUUGGAACUGUACAAAAUUUGAAGAAAAGCGUGGAGGAUGGAAACAUGAACAGAUUUUUUGAUAAAACAAUAUUAGGUGACUUUCAGAAAGAACAAGAAAAGUUUGUACAGGAGAAAAGAGCCAAGCAGUGCACUGCUGCUGUCCCUCCCUGGGUUGGGUAUAACGAUGAGGACAGUGUACAGCAACAAAUUUUGUCUCUCUCUAUCGACCAGAGGAAUUUUCUGAGAGACCCUCCUGCCGGGGUAAACUUUAAUUUUGACUUUGAACAAGUGUAUCCUGUUGCCAUGGUGAUGCUAGAGGAGGAUGAGCUGCUCAGGAAAAUGCGAUUUCAUCUCGUCCCCAAACAAUUAAAAGAAGACGUUUUCUGGAGGAAUUAUUUCUACCGAGUGUCAUUAAUAAAACAGUCAGCUCAGCUCACAGCAUUGGCAACACAACAUGCUCCAGAGAGGCAGGAAAUAGGCAGAGAUACCUCAGUGAAUGAACAAGAUAAAGAUGCUGCCCAGAGAAAGCCUCUUUCCACCGCCUUUCCUGCAGCAGACACAGCUGAGGAGAAUAUCUUUGCCAACUCGCCUGUCCCAGAGUUUGUGAGCGAUGCUUUCCCCUCAUGCAACUUAAAUGAGGACCUACGCAAAGAGAUGCAACGGCUGGUACUCGCUGAGAGUCCAGACUGGGAGAGGGAGCUGCAGGAGGAGCUUCAGGAUUUGGAUGUUUUGGCUGAAAACCAGGAUGACCGCUGGGACCAAGAGAUUGAGAUGAUGCUGAAAGAGGACAGUUAGGUCAAACUCAGGCUACACAGGGUAUAACUCACCAAUGGACAGGGAUGUUACUGUGCAAUAAUGUGAUUUACAACUGUAGGUUCUCCAUAUACAUAUUUUAUACAUAAAUACAUGUGACCCAAUAACCAACAUCUGUAACCACAUGUCAACCUGGAGCUGUCCAAAAUGUUGUUACAGAAAUGUAUUAUAUUGAUUACAACUAGAUGCAAAUGUAAAGCAAAUACCAUCAAAAGACCAAAGACAUUAAAAAAACAAAACAAAAAACAAUAUCUAUAACUCUAUCCUCAGACGCAGAAUAAUGAGAACAGAUUACACAUGUCAACUACUGGAUGGCAAGCGAUGUAUGCAGUAUUUUACAAUUGUUACAUUACUUCCAUUGGUUUUAUAUGCGUGCAAUACCUUCUAGUACUUUACUGUUUUUAUGACUCAAAGGUUCUGAGCCCAACUUUUAUCAUUAAAUUAAUUGAUGCCUUAUUGAGCAAUGCAUGCAGGAUUUUAAGUGUUUUUAUUUUUUAGUGUUACUGUGAAUUAUGACAAUACAACUGAACUUUUUUGAAACUGACAGGUAUUUAUGGAUGUACUGCUACAAGAGUUACUUCUUUUAUUACAUUUGUUGAAACCAUUUGUGCCUUACUGUCUGCUGCUCAGUCAAGAAUAAAAUAUGUUUUUUGACAUUAGAU